AUGGAGUUCUUCAAAACCGCAAGGGCAGCAUGCGAAGCGUCCUUUCAUGGUCUCUGUAACCAUAUUGGAAUCCCUGAGGAUUCUUUGAGUGAUUCGCAUUUUGACCAGAUAUGGUCUGCUAUUAGGACCUCAUGGUUAGACAGGAACCGUCUAGACGUAGAGGAAAAAUGUGCCCAAGUUUCCCGUGACUGCUUGGGGCAGAUGGUUAGCUUGGACGAGAUAGGGUACUCUCGCCAGGAAUACCGGGAACUCAUUCAACGAUGGAAGGAGGUACUCCCUACCAUCCUGGAAGACUCCCACCGAAAGACACGCGAGGCGUUCACUAAGAAUAGGGUUACCCCUCAGUACCUGGCCCAGAGGACAGAGCAAGUCUACUGUUUUGUACGGGAACAGCUACAAGUGCCAUUUCGUCUAGGCAUCAAAGACCACCCUGUGUUCGAUAAAGAUGAUGCAGUGGAGGUAAAGCGAACAAUUGGAACUUACGUCAGUCGAAUCUACACCGCAAUUCGCAAUGAAGAGAUGGCGAGGUUACUACUUGAUGUGAUGGAAGGUGUGGACACAUCCAUCAGCAAUGUGCCACCGGAGAAGAAGAACAUGGGCGUCAAAGCUUAG